AAUGGCAUGGGAACUACACACUUAAAUGGAUUCGAACUCAUGUUUUUUUGUUUGGAUAUUAUUGGUUUUUGAUCUGGUAUGUUUAUUGAUUUAUAAUUUGUUAAAAGCUUAAAUUUUUUGUGCCUUGUGAUUGUGAUUUUUAGUUUAGUGUUAAUUAGGAUAGGUCCGAUAAGAGGAAUAAAAGUGGGUACACAAAUCGCAUGUAAUUAGAUAGGGUAGUCUUUCUUUCUCUUAAUAGGAACAAAAUAAAAUUUAUGGGAACGAAAAAUAUAUAUAUUUUUUUUUUUGGAAUUGUUUAUUUUAGUCAAUAAUGUCAUAUAUAGUAAAUUGUUGAAGAGGGGCCGACCUUUUUAAUGUAUUGUCUGGUCAUAGUUGAUGGACCUUUUAAUGUGUUGGUAUUGUCUUUGGAUCAAGCGAGGGUUUGAUCUCUCAAUUAUGAUGAUAGCUUAAGUCUAAGGUGGACUUCACAUAGCGAGAGUGUUUUGUUGAAUCCAUAUCUGCUUCUAUUUGGAUGUUUAUGGUUUUUGAGAUGGUACGAUACCUAUGUUGGGACAAGUUAUGAGUGCAACUAGAGGCGCAACAGAUGCGUUUUCUGGUGUUAGCAAACACGUAAAUGGUGCUUUAAUGAAAUUCGGAGCUAAGAGCAUUGAAGCCGGGAUUGGAUGUGGUGUCGGUUUUGGCCACGGUUUCGGUGUCGGACUCUCUGCGAAGCCUGGGAUGUUGCACCAAAUUCAAUGUUGUGUUAUAGAAACAAUGGCGAAAUUGAUGAUGAAGUUCGGAAAGGCUCCCGGAUUACCUUUCAUUGGAGGUGCUUUUCCUGUAUCGUUUCGAAGUGGUUGGACCACAACGAAUGAACCAUCCCGAAAUCCACUCGGAAACAUGAACCAGCUAGUGUCAAAGCUAGCAGAUUCUACAUCUCAAGGGUUGCCUGGACCCGGGAUUACGAGCAGAGGUUCAACUUUUGGAACUCGAGCAGAAAAAGUUCUCAGUAGUUUUUUGCAAAAUCCAGUUUUCAACGAUGACGAAUCCUGCCAAAAUGAACUGGCGGCACGGUUGCCAACUGAAAACAACAUGCUUCAAUCGGUAAUGAAACAUAAACAAAUCAUCGAACAACUUAUGGAGGAAAAUCGGAAGCUUCAUCAGAUACUUACGGAAGACCUAAACAUACCUACUAGCAAGCUCCAAACCGGUUACUUGAGUAAAACGGAAUCUCCAUGUUCGGAUUGCUUCUUUUGCCGAAGGAAACAAAGGAGAAACAGACGAUGAUUAGUCGUCUCGUGCCUCAUUCGAACGUGCACACUCGCGCCCCCACAACCGGCCUGGUUAUGACUAAUCGGAAUUUGAUUUUCUUAUGUGCCGUUUUCAGUUGCAUACCAACAAAAUUCAACCAUUUUCACUCUAGAAAACACAAGACAUGACAAAUGUUUGUACAAAAGUAUGUUUGUUUUCACUCAAAACAGGUCUUUUUCAGAAGCAAUAAAGGUCAUUUUAACAAGAGACAUGAAUGUCUUUUUUAUUUCCUUGGUGCCAGAGACAUGAGUGUCUUUUGGUUGUUCCCUUACUAUCCGAGUUUUUACUAGUCCUUUCGAGAUUUUUAAGUUGUUAGUAAAAGUAUCAUGGAAAUCUUUGUAGUAAGAUUCAAAUUGUAUUUUUCAUUUUUACUUAAAAAUAAGUAAAUUAGUUGUUAUAUGUUAAAUUAAAAAGUAAA